AUGGCAACCACAUUUCCAGGUGCUGAGAAUAGUUUUAGGGUUAGUGGAAUUAGUCGUUCACGUAUACAAGAAAUACGAGAAAAAUUGAGUCGUGUUCUAAAAAAUUUAGUUAAUUCAAUCCAAGAUAAUACAAAAUCCGAGAUGAUCAGUCAAAUCGAAAAUGAAAUUAAUGCGACACUAUCCGAAGUACAUGGUGAUGUGGAUGUUAUAGAACUUGAAUUACCACAAAUAAAGGCCAAGGGCAAGAAACGUGAUAAAAUUUUUGAAGCGAUCCAUAAUAUUUUUGACGCCGAAAUUAUUGACAAUAAAUUGUUCAGUAAAUAUAAUAACGGGGUUAAAGCAGAAAUACAUUCUAAGUUGACUUAUUCACUUGAUCAACAACUUCCAACUUGGUGGAAUCAGAUUGAUACAAUAUGUGUAGUUAACGGUAAUCAGUAUCGACCUGAUGUGGGUGGUUGGAACCCUAAACCAACACUUGAUCAAAGGC